CGUCAUUAUAAUCUCAUUGUCAAUUUUCAGGAUGUUCCGAUUCCUGAUUUUCCUUGGAAGCAUCGUCGCCGUGACUUAUGCUCACAGCGUUGGAGCGCCGGCAAGCGUCUGCGAAAGCAUGACGCCGGGUCAUUCAGUUGAUCCUCAGACCACGCCGUCGCCUUACGACAUUUUGCUGAGCAAAAAUUCGAUUCUGGGAGGAGAGCCAAUCACGGUCACCAUCAAGGGCCGCGACAAGGAAGAGUUCAAAGGAAUAUUGCUCCAGGCACGUCUUGGCGACAAAAUCGUCGGAACUUUUGACGUAGAUCCUGCUGAUAUCAACGUUCAAACGAUCGAUUGCCUGAAGGGAGAAAGAAACGCUGUCACUCACAAAAACGCGGAAAAUAAGUCUGAAGUUUCUGUAAGGUGGAUAGCACCUCCGGAUCUCGUCGGAGACGUCGUCUUCAAGUUGACCGUGGUCAAAGAGUUCAAAACCUUCUGGGUCGCUCAGAGCUCAUCACCUCUUUCAAUCCACCGUCAAUAAGCAUCAAUGAUUUCGAAAUCUAAGCAUGCGGUUUAUUUUCUUCUAGGUAUAUUUUUUUUUCCUUAAUUUUUUGAAUCACCGAAAUCUCUCUGUCCAAACGAACGAUAGAAUUGUAGUACUUGCACUCAUCUAUGUUUCACAGAUAAUCAUGUACCAAAAAUGAUAGUAUCUUGUAAUAAUCAUAAUAAUCACAUCUGACACGAAAAUAGUAGAACGUUGUCUAAUUACGAAGACGCAGAUUCGUGUGUCGUGUUUUAUUAAAUUUUUCAAUUGAAAUACAAUAUAUUCAUUUACUUCUUUAUAAGAUAUUUCAAAGACCUAUUUGCCGCACGACUGGAAAGCGAGUUAUCUAGGCGACAGGUUGGAAUGUAGAAUUCCGAUAUCUAUCCGACAGACAAACGAACCCCUGUAUCAAAAUCUACUAAAUAAUAAACAAUUUCAAC